GAAGGCCAGCCAUAUCCGAUUCAAAUUGAAGCUACCGAGUCAAAGGCAGCAAACUCUGUAUAUAUUAGAGUAUAAUACUCUAUAUAUAGAUUCAUAAUUCCGACUUGGUUGAUCAGAUUUUUGUGUUAGAGAAUCAUAAUCUCCAAAUUCAGCGAUCAAAAACAAUAAUGGCAUUGAAGGAUACGUUUUACAUCUCCCAUGGAUCUCCCACUCUGCCCAUUGACGAUUCCAUUCCGGCGUCGCAAUUCUUGAAGAAGUGGAAGGAGUUUUAUCCCCAGAGACCCUCCGCCAUCCUCGUCAUUUCCGGCCACUGGGAUACCGCCGUUCCCUCGGUCAACGUCGUUAACCGCAACGACACCAUCUACGACUUCUAUGGCUUCCCCAAAGCUUUGUACAAGCUUAAGUAUCAACCACCCGGAGCACCCCAAUUGGCGAGGAGGGUGAAGGAACUGCUGCAUCAAUCUGGAUUCAGCCGUGUUGAUGAGGACAAAAAGAGAGGGCUUGACCAUGGAGCUUGGGUUCCACUCAUAUUGAUGUACCCUGAAGCUGAUAUCCCAGUUUGUCAAUUAUCUGUUCAAUCUGAUCAGGAUGGGACCUAUCACUAUAACAUGGGAAAGGCAUUGGCCCCUCUUAAGGAUGAAGGUGUCCUCAUAAUAGGUUCUGGGAGUGCAGUCCAUAACUUGAGAGCACUUAACAUUCAACCUAACCCCCCUGUUGCUUCCUGGGCUAAACAAUUUGAUGAUUGGUUAAUUAGUUCUCUCCUUGAAGGAAGGUAUGAAGAUGUGAAUCAUUAUGAACAGAAGGCACCACAUGCAAGAAUGGCUCAUCCAUGGCCGGAUCACUUUUACCCACUGCAUGUUGCAUUAGGAGCUGCUGGUGAAAAUGCUAAAGCCAAACUAAUCCAUAGUGGAAUUGAAAUGGGCACUCUCUCGUAUGCCUCCUUCCAGUUCACACCAGCAUCAUCAUCCUCCUGAGCUCUUUCCCCCUAACUAACUCAUCACCAUAUUGCUGUAUUACUUGUUGCUGCUGUUUGCUGUUGUAUUUUGCCUGUCUGUAAAUCGUACUUCUGUUUCUGUGAUGCUUUUAUCAGUAUUGAUGUCUAAUGAAUUAUUGUGGUUACCAAUAAAAGAAAAUUUUAAGGAC